CUUCAUGACGCGGCCUCGACACUUCGACGCGUUAAUACACUGCCCGCCUGCCGCCUGGCCUUUUGGACUUCCCACAUCUCCCUCAUCCUCACCAUGUCUGGAUCCCCUGUCCAGCUAUAUGUCUAUGACCUUUCUCGGGGCAUGGCCAGAUCCAUGUCCCUCGCUCUGACCGGCAAGCAACUCGAUGGCAUCUGGCACACCUCAGUCGUUGUCUUUGGCCGCGAAAUAUUCUAUGGGCGGGGCAUCAUGGAAGCUACCCCGGGAACUACACACCACGGGACGCCUGUUCAGGUCAUCGAUUGCGGCGACACGCACAUCGAUGACGAUACUUUCCAGGAGUACCUUCAGUCGCUGAGCGACCUGUACACUCCCAGCGCCUACCAUCUUAUGGAGUUUAACUGCAAUAACUUCACAGCAGACGUGAUCGGCUUCCUCACCGGCUCAACCAUUCCUGCGUGGAUUACAGGUCUGCCGGCCGAGUUCUUGUCAACGCCACUGGGACAAGCCCUUAAGCCUAGCAUUGAUCAGAUGUUCCAGGGCUCGAACGCGAACGAGCACUCUGCGUUCACGCGUGGCGGCUCCUCGCAGGUAGCUCCUACACCUCCACCCCCACGCAACCCCACACAACAGAACCUCGCCUCGAUGCUUCUCGGUGCCGUUGCGCAGCAAGCCGCAGGCUCUAUGGGUGCAAAUGGCGCAAACGCACCCCGCCCACAGGCCUUAAACCCCGAGACAUCGCCACUCACACUUGUCACGUCGUUUGCCAACUGGACGUCAAUCUUGAAGAAUCAUCGCGCAGUCGUCGCAAACUUCACAAACACCGAGGGCUGCCCCCCAUGUCGCAUGAUCAAACCUGUCUACGAGGCGAUGGCUGAAACUUACGCCACGUCGCACGGAGCGAUGGGCGUUCGGUUUGUCGAGAUCGAGUUGGGUGUAGGUGAGGGUCAGAAUAUUGCAUCGCAGUACAGCGUCCGCGCAACACCAACGUUCAUCUUCUUUAAGGACGGCGUCAAGGCUGAUGAGAUGGCGGGCGCGGACAAGCGUGGCCUGGAGUCGCGCAUCGAGGCGUUCCUCGAGGACGUGUUCCCCCGCCACCCACACGAGAAGAUGUAUCUCGCUGCGACAUCGAAAUUGUCCACGCAGCCAAUCACGCAGACGGCCGUUCCCGGCUAUCCGGCGCUGUUGAAGAAGCUCGAAAGCUUCCCUGGCGCGACAAAAGAGCAUGCUGGCGUUCUCCGCGCCGAUGUGAUUCCCUUCUUGGAGGGCAAGGCUGUGUCCGACUCCGCGCUCCCAGGAUUGGUGGACAAGUGGACGGCAGCAACGACAGCUCUUCUCAGCAGCCUUAAGCCUGCUGAGACCUUCCCGCUUAUUGACCUUUGGCGUGUGGGAUUGACAAACACUCGCCUCGUCUCCGCCCUCGUCCUCCGCUUGGGUCCCAACGGCACCGGAGCUGAACCUCUCACCCCUAUCCUCACCCUCGCCUCCUCUCAGCUCGCAUCGCAGGGCGCCGCAACUCCUCGUCCGCUGCUCUUGACUACUCUGCGGCUGUGUACGAAUGCCCUCGCCCCACUCCCCCUCGCCAACCUUAUUCUCACUGGUACGAUGCAGGAGCCGCUGCUGAGCGUGCUUGUUGAGUCCCUGCUUCAUGUUGAAGUGAGCGUCCGCAAGGCUGCUGCCGAUGUGGCUGUCAACGCCGCAGCGUGGCGCCACCGUGUGGCCAAGGAGAUGGGGCAGGCGGCGCAGGAGGGGCCAGAACCUGAGUGGGGAGUCGAGCUCCUCUCUGCACUGCUCGAGAGUAUCGGCCGCGAGGCGGACCCAGAAGUUGGCCACCGCCUCCUCGUCGCAUCAGCGCUCCUCAUUUAUCUCUCGCCAGGGUACGAGGACAGCGUCGCCCCGCUCCUCGAGGUCCUUGGUGUCCGUGCAACACUUCAGGACGCGGGCAAGCGGUGGGGCAAGCCUGACGUUCGUAAGCUCGCGGACGAAGUUGCAACGAAGUUGUGUCCACAGGCAUCGUCGUAGACGUUACUGUGGCAUUUAACGAGGCGUUGAAGAGAUCUUGAGCGUUGUAAACAUGCAGUACAGUGAUAGAUGGCAGGCAUGCUCUAUUGCAUUCUCCGGC